GAGGAUAUAUGUAGCUGAAGCUCAGUUGGGUGUUUUCGCCUCACCGAGGAGAUUCCUUUCACCGAGGCAAGGACUUCCAUAAACACGCACAGACAGAGGCCGUCGACUUGUCGGAGAAGCUAUCUGUGUGUCUGGACUCUGGAGGGAUGACGAGCAGCAAAUAGAAAGCACAACAUUUAGGCCCCUUCCGUUGUGUGUGUACUUGUGCGGCUGUUUUUAAAGCUCGUAUUACGGUGUUAUAAGAACGACUACCGAGCCAGGACCGUGAUUUUCUUCCCCGGUCGGCUAUGCGAGGGACUCGGAUGUUCGUAGGAGAAUGUGUCGCCUUCUCCCGGCGUUAGCUCAGCCGCGGCUUCAUGGCCAACAGUAACAACAUGCUCCUGGCCUCCGCCGUGGUGGUUUGGGAAUGGCUCAACGAACACGGCCGGUGGCGGCCCUACAGCCCCGCCGUCUCCCACCAGAUAGAGGCGGCCAUUCGGAACGGCGACCCCCGCGGAGGGAGCGUGGUUCUCGGCCAGGUGGACAACCGCCUCUCGCCGUACAUCAUAGACCUCCAAUCUAUGCACCAGUUCAGACAGGACACGGGAACCAUCCGUCCGGUGCGGAGGACCUUCUAUGACCCAACCUCGGCUCCUGGGCAGGGUUGGCAGUGGGAGUGGGAGAACGACGCCGGCUCGUGGACGCCCUACGACAUGGAGGUGGCCAUCGCCAUCGAGAGCGCCCACAGCCGCCAGCAGCCCUGCCUCGACCUCACACCGCUCGGCUUCUGCUACCUCAUUGACUAUCAGAACAUGACACAGGUGAACAAACAGAGCCAGAGGUGUCGAAGGAUUCAGAGGCGUGCUGACAUGGCGCACCCUCUAGUGUCCGGGCCUCUCCCUUUUCAGAAAGGAGGAGGAGGGCUAACAGGAGCCCUGCUGGGUGUCGGGGUAUCAGGGGCCAGCAUGGGAAUCAGCAGCUCCGUUUACCCCAAUGGGGGCCCAACAGCUACCGGACUGGGCCAGCCUUGCUCCUGCCAGCAAUGCAUGCUGGUCCUCAGCGUGAAAACAAACACAGGCGGAGCAGGGGUUGGGAUUCAGACUCUAAGCAGGCGUUCGUUAACAAUGCAGCGACCCAGGAACUCUGGGCCCCUCCCCUCCAAACCCCUGAGCCCAUCGAAAUCAGCCACCCUAGGACGGGGACAGCAGCAGAACUCCAACUCCAACUCCAACUACUACCAGACGCUGCCGCACGGCCUCGCCAUCUCCAGAAACAUCGCCUCCCCGAGGAGGAACGCCCAGCUGUUCGCCCAGUCGCUGGCCGCCCUCACCGCGGGCACCUCCACCCUGGGCAUCUCCUUGUCUUCCAACAGGCCGCCUCCCCCUUCCCUGCCGCCCCCGCAGCCGCCGUCGUCAUCCAACAACCCCAACCUGAACCCCCAUCUCCCUCCGUCCCUCCCGGCCAAGCUCUCAUCCUCAUCCUCGACCUCAGCCAACGAAUCGGUGCCGACCGCUACGUUAGUCACGCCCUCCAACAACGUGACCACGCCCCCGUCUCCCGUGCCGUCGCCGUCGACGCUGGUGAUGAAGCCGCAGCGCACGCCGUCGUCCGCGACGACCAUGUGCCACGCCCCGUUGCCGCAGAGAUCGAGCUUAGCCGGGCUGAGCAGACCGGCGUUACAGAGGAUCGCCAUGGCCCAAUCCAGAGCACUCAUAGCCUCAGGUGUGCCCACCGUCCCAGUGAAGAACCUCAACGGAUCCAGUCCUGUUCACCCUGCACUUGCUGGGAUCACAGGCAUCCUGAUGAGUGCUGCUGCUCUGCCCGUCUGUCUCACCAGACCUCCUAAACUUGUACUUCACCCUCCGCCUGUCAGCAAGAGCGACAUCAAACCCGUGCCAGGCUUUGGCCACUGCUGCAGAAAGACCACCAAGAAGCAGGCUCGCAAAGGUAAAACUCCAGAGGAGGUGGUAAAGAAGUACCUGCAAAAAGUAAAAAGUCCACCAGAGGAGGACUGCACCAUCUGUAUGGAGCCACUGGGGGGUCCGUCCGGAUAUAAAGGCCCAGGGGUGGGACCAGUUUCGAGAGCCGAGUCAGUGGGGCGACUAGCACAGUGUGGACACCAGUACCAUUUCCAGUGUCUGGUGGCCAUGUAUAAUAAUGGCAACAAGGACGGCAGUCUUCAGUGUCCCACCUGUAAAACUAUCUACGGCGUAAAGACGGGCAACCAACCGGCCGGGAAGAUGGAGUACCACGUCAUCCCUCACUCUCUACCAGGGCAUCCCGACUACAAAACCAUACGCAUCAUCUACAACAUACCACCAGGCAUUCAGGGACCAGAGCAUCCGAACCCAGGAAAGCCCUUCACUGCCAGAGGCUUUCCACGACACUGCUACCUCCCAGACAGCGACAAAGGACGCAAGGUACUAAGACUGCUCCUGGUAGCAUGGGACCGCAGGUUGAUCUUCUCAGUUGGUACUUCGAGCACUACAGGAGAGUCUGACACCGUCAUCUGGAACGAGGUCCACCACAAGACAGAGUUUGGCUCCAACUUGACAGGCCAUGGCUUCCCCGACCCCGGACACCUCGACAACGUCCUGGAAGAGCUCCGAGCUCAGGGCAUCACAGAGGAUGACGGACUGACAGACAAGUGAAAGGACGAGCGACCGGGGCAGCAGAGGAAGACGGAGGAGACGUCGGUGUGAGGCGGAAGAGAGAAAGACGAGUAGAAGAGAAAAUGGGCCUUACCAUGAAAAUAACAGAAGCAGCAGCAGGAGGAGGAGGAGGACUGAGCCAGUCUCUCUCUGCCAGCACUUAAAAAGGGGUGCAGGGCGACGUUUCGGGUUAUAGAAGACAUUGAUUUUUUGUUUUACAGAAGUAACCACUCCUCAAAAUUUUGACCAAGUCACUGCCGGGUUCGCCCUUCAGUGCAAGUCUAUGACAAGACAGUUUUGAUGCAAGCACAUCAACAGACGUGGGAGAGAGUUUGAGGAAGCAGCAGCAGCUCAGAAGUAAAAGCCAGACAGAGGAAGACAAAGCUAGCAGAAAGAGCAAUGGUACUCAUGGUUUUAGCCACUAAAAAACAGCUAGGUACUAAAGGACAACACAGGAGAACGAAUCAGUACUAAUAUGUAGAACAAGUUUACUUUACUAAGAGGAAGAGUAACCAGGAGAAGAUGGUAAAACGUUAGAGCAGAUCAGUAAAAACUGGGAGAGAACGGACAAAGAAAGGCAGAAGUUGAAGAGGCGGGGGAGGGGACGAGAGAAAAAGAAGGACAGAGUGAAUAAUGUAGCAGAAAGAGUGAAGAUGGUACGAACGUAGCGUAGGGUAGGAGUAGAGUCAAACUAACUUAUAUUGUACUUAACACGUGCUUUAGCUAUCACCACAAAUACAAUAAAAUGAAGUGAUGAAGAGGAAAGCAGACAGUGGUCUGCUGGCUUUGUUUAAAAACCACCUGCUUCUUCUCAGUUGAAGUUUAGCGCUGUUGCUCCCUCCAGUGGUUUAAGUGAUGAACUACACCUCAGCCUGCAAGCUACUGGAACAAAAUCAAAAAGUUACUUUUGAGUUAUCCACCUGUGUUACUUUUUUAUCAUUGUUACUAUAAUCCUCAUUUAACGUCAUUCCAUACUUUACCUCUUACUUUUUAAAAUGUUUUGUUAUUAUCUAGGCUCUGUGCGUUUAAUGAUUGUAUGUGAAAUGAGAAAAAGACCAAACUGAGGCCUAGUCAUGUGGAGUCUUAUUGUUGAGCCGCCGCGGUACAAGUUAGUCUUAGAUACACAGGUACCAGCAUUUAUUUACAUAUCUUUAUUUGACUCUUUUGUCCCUUUUGACAGUUUAUGUGGUUUCAUUUGGACGUAGACGCUGCUGUCAAACGUGGAGCACUGGUUAGAAAAAAAAGUGUGGUUGUGAAUUUAAAAACCUGCUUUUUCGGCGGUUCGGCAGGAAGCGCAGAGGUUUUAUUUUUCAAGUUUUUUUGUUUUUUUUAACAUUCUUGCGGAAUGAGCCUGAGCUGCCGGUGUUUAAAGCAGAGAGAAAUUGAACCAAGAGUCGAGGGGGCUCAUCUCCCACAAAGCCCCACAGAUUGGACAGAGCGUCGGAGGGAUGGGGAGGACGCAGAGGAAAAGAGGCAGAGCUGGUCUUCAGGAAUAUGAAAUACUACCAAGCAGGAAAUGAAAAGACAAAUAUAUUUGCUUUGAGCCAUCUGUUAGGUAUAUAACACAAUGAUUUUCAAAAUAAAAUCCAUCCUGGAAACUAUAACAACAUGAUGUUAGUGAUGAAGGUGUGUGAUUGAAAGUGAUCAAAUCUGGUGAAACCCAUGAAUGAACACCUACAUCUACUCUAUCCUCUGAAGUAGGAGCUGAACUCAUGAAAGAUAAUAAAUAAUGACUCAGCUUUUUCUACUCGAGGUAAUGAACCUGGUGAUGUUUUAUUAGCCAGUGUCAGAUCAUUACAAAUUCAGUUUCUCCUCAUUUGCCACCAUCUCUGAAGAGUUUCCUGUAGUCCGUUAAAUCGGGCCAGUUCGCAGCAUUGGAAUAGAAAGUUUACCUCAUUUAAAUAAGAUGCUGUACAGUUGUUACAGGCUCUGAAUGUGGUUUUCUGUGAGUAUUGUCAGCUUCAGUAGAUCAGCACCAACAUUCACAUCUCAACAUCUCAACAACAGUAAUACUAGCUCUCCUCUUCUUCUCUCUACCUCCACCAACUGAAGAUGCGCUGCCCCAGUCUCUGAGUUGGGUCUGUAAAUGACCCCUUAUCACAAUGUUACAAGGUGUGUGUGUGUGUGUGCGUGUGUGUGUGAGAGAGAGAGAGAGAGAGAGAGAAUCUGUGUACUGUGUAUACUACCAACAUGCUCCCAGUUAAGGGUAUUAUUUCGGUACUCCAUGGGAAAUCAUCAUUCUUAAACUCAUGAUGAUGGUAAUGAUGAUGAUGGUACUCCCUGUACGGUAACUCCUUUAUUAUGUUAUUUUUAAUAUCAAAUGUAGUCACACCUUUGCUUUUUAAUAGCAUUUUAUUGACACUAUCAUAGAGUACGGUAAAUCGCCUUUUGUCUGUUUCAUGUGUACAUUUAUGUUGUAUUGAUCAUGCCCUUUUUCUCCUUUGUUACAAUUGGUUUACAGUUGUCAAAUACAAUGUUUUUUUUUGUUUUUUUUAAUUGUGUAAAGAAGUUGAAACUGAUUUGCAACAUCUUUUCUUUGGAAAAGGACUUUGACGGUAGACUUUUAUCUGAGUGUGAAAUGUAAUGAAUUUUUUUAUAGUGAGUCGAAACCCUUGUACACUUGCUCGUCUGUGAGUCAGAGAAACUUGCAUUUUCCCAAACACCAUCUGUUCCGUCGCUGUCCUGCACUGAGCCGACAUUUGUGACCCUGGAAGGUUUUCGUAGCAGAUUUGUUGAUGGACAUUUUGCUUCGGGUCUCAUGUCCAUCCCUCGUUUCGCAGCAGGAUGGUUCAAGUGCAAGCGGCGUGAUGAAAGUGAUUCUUUUAAACAUUGUUAAAUGUUAUAAAAUGACGAUUUCUCCUCUUGGUGUAGCAGGUUUCCUGCUCUGAUGGCCCAAACACUGCACGAUGACUUGAGAACACCUGAUUUUGUGUUUUCACUUAUGUAGAUUUGAAUUUGUCAUUUUAUGAAUAAACAUGGUUCUCACUCUUUAACAGUGAAGAAAAAAUUGAGAUUUUCUGAAUUGGAUGAAUAAAGUCUGAACAUGAUUUUGUAAUUGUGGGGUUAAUAGUGCUGGAAACCCUCUUCAGCAGGCUUUUAUUCUGGUGGAUUCACAUGAACCGAAAUUGUCUAAAUUGUUGAUUUAUACACUUUCAUAAAUGGUAAGCAGUGUUUGAAGCCAUCGAAGCAAUGUAGCAACCAGCUAUGACCAGUAACUCACCAUUUCAGUUUUGUCCUUUCCUAAAAUGUGGAUUUCUUUCCCAUCACCUCUUCCCAUCCCUACUGAAGGCAACACCUCCUCCCUGUGCCCUCUGUGGACAGGGCCCUCUCUCCUAUGAGGGCAGAGUGGGAAUAGAGUUGCUCACAGGUGCUGGCAUGGGAGAGAGAGCAUCAAAAACAUGUGAUAAGAAAAGCAAAGUGUAAAUAUUGCAAAAUAAUUGCUGGAGUAUGAAUGAUUAAUACAAGAAAAAAUAAAGAAUGA